AUGAAGCCAAGCAGUGGCAAAUGCCUUGCUCUGCUCCUCUUCUUUGUGGCCGGGGCCAUCGAAAUGGGAGGGGCAUCAUCAGCCCGGGACAUAAUGGGCUGCCCAAGCAAUACAAGUCCGUGCUUUUGGAGGCUGUUCCCAUGCCCGGCCGAGUGCCCGGCCAUCCAACCCAAAAACCCCAAAGCCAAAAGAUGCACCAUCGACUGUCACUCACCCAUUUGCCAAACCGUCUGCAUCAGUCCUAAACCAAGUUGCAACGGCAUAGGAUCCGGCUGCGGCGACCCUCGCUUCAUUGGCGGCGAUGGCGUCGUGUUCUACUUCCACGGGAGAAAAGGCGAGCACUUCAGCCUCGUCUCCGAUCCCAGCCUCCAGAUUAACGCCCGCUUUGUUGGCCUCCGGCCGGCCGGAAGGACCCGUGACUUCACUUGGAUCCAAGCGCUCGGCGUCGUGUUCGGUUCUCAUGCCCUAACCAUUGAAGCAACUCGAGCGGCGCGGUGGGAUGACGCUGUCGACCAUCUCAACUUCACCUGCGAUGGUGACCUCUUGCAGGUCCCAGAAGGUCACCUCUCUAGCUGGAGGUCAGGUGAUGGAAAGCUGAUGGUGGAGAGGAUUGGAAGCAGAAAUAGUGUUAGGAUCACACUGAAGGAAAUGGCAGAGGUGUCCCUGAAUGUGGUUCCUGUCACCAAGGACGAUGAUAGGAUCCACCGCUACCAGAUACCGUCCAACGACUGCUUUGUACACUUGGAGGUGCAGUUCAGAUUUUUCGGGCUAUCGCCGGACGUGGAAGGAGUGCUCGGGCGAACAUAUCGUCCGGACUACAAGAAUGCAGCAAAGUUCGGAGUGGCGAUGCCGGUGGUUGGCGGAGAAGACGAGUACAGAACAUCGUCACUCCUAUCACCGGAUUGUAAGCGCUGCUUGUGUUCUCCCAAGGAAGACGCCGUGUGGCAGGAUGUGAUUUGAUUUCCCCGGGAAUCAACGUUAUCCGUCGAAUCGAAAUAAAGUAAAGGAGACUGAGUUGCCAAGGCAUGAAAUCAUUUGUUGUAAUAGCUGACCGUAUAAUUACAUCUAUGUAUCUAAUGUACACGUAUGUAAUAAUAGCCUCACUUGGGGUUGGUAAGAUAGU